AUGGUUCUUUCAAAUAUGGAAGUACGAGCUUUCCAUCCAACGACGUUCAAGAUUCCCCGGAAAGAAAGGAGGCCAUCGGAAGGUAAGCAGUGUUUAAAUGUUGAAAUUGAGUCCUUAAUGGAUAAGAACUUAGUCACAACGCGCACAGAAUAAAGGAAACCAUUUAAUCCAUAAAGUUAAAUGUUUUACUCUAGCAUCAUCAUUCCCAACACAGUGCCGCUGCGCUCAGCAAGUUAUAUUCUGGUUUAGUUAAUCAGUUGUACUUGAAGGAAUGUUCUUAUUUUCUUUAUUCAAUUGCAACAGGCGUUUUAUCUCCUUAGCGAAAAUAGAUAAUGCCCCUAAGAAAAACGAAAACAAAAGAAUACUCGCGAGCAAAUUCUGACAAAUAGAAAAAGCGGCUUUUGUAACUAAUUUGUUUGUUUUCUUUGUUAUAUUUCUUGAGACUAUAGACAGUUAAACUCAACACAUGUAGAAUAAAUUUGAAUUAAAAAUGAAAAAUAAUGGUUAUGCCUGUUUAAGAUUAGUUCUUUUCUUUAGAAACUAAAACUCCAAUCGUAGAUUUUGUGUUCGUAGCGGUGAGCUGACGAAAACGUUUUGCCAAUACAAGUGACACCUGCCUCAAACAUCUAUUCAGUUGCUAAGUGACAAUGCAAGGCAGUCUUUUUGUGAGAAAAAUUUAAAUUGUUUUCUUCCGUGACUGAUUAUUUAAACAGGUCAUGACUACAAAUGUAUUAGAGCAUGUGUCGAAAUACAUUAUGUGGAAAAGAAAAUGUUUUGUCUUUAUAAUCCAGUAAAACAUAAAACCAAAAUCACCAGGGGUAUUUUACAGUGUUUAUCAAGUUAAGUUUUCUUUGUACAUAAUAUCUGUAGCAUUAAGUUUUCUUUGUACAUAAUAUCUGUGGCGUUUUUAAAGACGGAAAGAAGCAUCAUAUUUAUGAACACCUGUUAACGUAGCCACAGGGGAUGCUUUUAUUGGUUAAAAUCAUUGUUAGACAAGAGAGUUCGACUUUUACAAACACAACAGUGUUCUUUAUUGAAGAUUUGUCUUCAUGCCAGUCAAAGUGUCAACCAGCUGGAGUUUUUUUUCCCAAAAUAAUAAUUCCCCACCAAAAUAAUGACUGAUAGUGAUCUCUAGGAAACAUUGUGUAAAUGAGAGAAACUGGAGAGGUACGUGUCAUCCUAAACUCAACUCCUUUUAAAAAAAUUGUUGAAAAAUAUAAGCUUCAUAGAGUUUUUUUUUGGUUCUGUUUUUUCAGAUCUUUUUGCAGAUUGAUAAUAGCUAUUGACUUUUAAGUUCACAAGUAAAUUCUUUCAUGACUUGCUAACCUGUAAAUUAGAUUCUGAGCUCCCUUUUGAAGUCUCGCAAAUUUUGUGGCCUUAAUUCCUAUCUUCCACUAUGCUGAGUUUCAAAUUAUUUAAUGCCUUAAAUCACAGGAGUGUAAGAAAGGUCUAAUGUGUCUUCUUGUGGUAUUUGUUUAAAACAAACAAGUUAAAAAGAAUAAAAUCUUGUAUUCCUAAAUUCCUAAUUCUUUAAAAAAAAUAAAAAAAGAUCCUUAAAAAAAAAGAUUAAUUCGGGCAGGAUCCAAUAUUAUUAUAAUUAUUCUUAUUGUUAUUAUCAUUGUUAUUAUCAUUAUUAUUAUUAUUAUUAUUAUUAUUAUUAUUAUUAUUAUUAUUGCUAUUAGUGUUUUUAAUCUUUUUUUUUUCAUAAUUUAACUGUCAGGCUUUGUCCUUAAAAGCUCGCUUGUCCCUACAAAAUUAAUCCAUAUAUAUUUGUGUUUUUACAGCUGUUCACUAUGACCAUAUUGAUCCAUUUAUAAAAUUGUCUGUUCAAGUGUUGUGCGAAAAUAUCCUUCUACAAUCCUUCCAGGAACGUGCCGACAUACCCCUAUCUUAUGGCUAAGCGUCACUUGAAUAGUCUUAUUCAUGCCAUCUUUGCACUAGGUCUUGAUUUCAAGGGCUGAUGAGAUAAAGGCAAUGUCACGUGGUAUUUCAGACGGUAAACACGUGGUAACAUUUGCCAAUACGAGUAAGCGCAGACGAGUCUGUUUAUUCUCUCAAAAAGAUUGGACGAUUUUAGCCUUGCAAAAUGCACAGUUUCGACAAGUUUUAAGUCAGUAUUGCUUUCUGUGAGAACAUCAACCGUUGCCACUGCAUCCAGAAAACUGAAGAAACAACGAUCCACUCCUAAUUUGGCGCUAUCUUCGUGAAAAGUUCCUCAUUUUCUGUUGCUUAGAGUAAACUAACUCGGCCAGGAUUUCUUGCAUUGUUGCUGGCACCCUGAGAAACAACGUGACGUUACUCUUAUCCCUUUACUCCUUAAGCACGGGCAAAGAUGCCAGGUAUCGUGAAUGAGGUCUAUUGAUCCGGGUUUUUGCCGUCUUAGAUUGCCAGUACACUUUACCAGGUGACUCCAGAGAAGCAAAAGACAUAGAAAACGCCGUUAAACGCCAAACAUGGGACUUAAACGACCUUGAUCGUGCUGUCAGUAUCUCGCAAAUCAAAAAGGUCGACAACCCAAACCUGGAGAGGGAAUACCACGAGAAAAAAGCUGAGCUACGACACAAUGGCAGGUCCCUCAAAGAACUCUCUGAACAGCUAGCUUUUUGCGUUGAAACUGAAGAGAGCCGAGUAAAGGAGAUAUGCCGCUCGGGUUUGGAGUGCAGUGGAGUCGACCACACCCUUGGCGAUGGGGAUAUGGGGGUGACGGUGUGGAAAUGUCCUGACUUGUGUCUAAAGGCCCUACACUGGCCUUCCUCGCGUUCAGCCUGCCUCAUAGUUUUUAAAGUAAGUAACGUGUGUUGUAUUGUAACUUUCUUGUUGUAUAAUAAUAUCAUAACUGUAGCAUCUUGGGAGAUUUCCAACAAGGAGAACAUGAUAUGGUAAUAGGUCCUUGUAAGGGCUCACUAGAUGCUUUCUAUUCAGACCAAAAUAUUUCCAAAAAAUUCGAUUCGAAAUCCAACAGAACGGAAAUUGUUUGUUUGGGUCGAUCGGAAUACUCGGAAUACUCGAUCGGUCCACUUUGACGGUUUCGCUCGUUUCGGUCGAGUGCACCAAUUUGAUGAAAUUGUUGUCCCCAGUACCACUCUUCUGUAUCCUGCUCACAAGUACAAUAAACUAAACGCGCGGUGGCUUAGGUCGGGUCUUUGCAACGGGAAUGUACCGUUAAUAACAGAAAUAACAAUUUUAAUCUUUAAUGAGGAAGCCAACUUCAUUGACUAAGUUUUUUGCAGAGGGGUCCUCUUAUAAGACUAAACUAUUAAGCUAAAAUAAAGAUGAGUUAUUAGUAUGCAUAAUCAAUUGGUGACGAGUGAAAUUAGGGAUUAGUUUCACGCGCGUUUUGUCCAAGUCCUUCUAAUUUCCCGAGCCUUUAGGCUCGGGAAAUUAUUAGGAUUUGGACAAGACGCAAGUGAAAUUAUUCCACAAUUUCACGAGUAUACCAUUUUAUUACCUAUUAACAUCAUGAGUGACGAAUUACGUAAGCAAUUUUGGAUUUUUGACAUGUUUAUCCUGGAUCGCAUCGAUCGAGAACUCCCCAAACUCGAAUGUGUUAGAGCUUAAAUUUGGUUUAAGUUCAGAAUGUUUCGACAAAAUACCUGUUAGAAUCCUUCUUGAUGUGCUCUUUCGUGUGUUCAGGUUUUCUAAAGCGUCUUUUAAUGCCCUGGCAUCAUUUUAAAACUUCGUCGCCAUCUUGACACUGAGACGUACGGAAGGUUGCCAUGGCAAUUUUGUAAUUUCACAUGCAAAUCAACGCUGAAAUUUCGCGCCAAAAUUAAGAAGUAAUUCGUCACCUACGAUAUUUUUAUUAUAAAAAUUAGCGCGUUAAAGGAUAUAUAUAUUACAAUACAAGAAACACUGUAACACAGGAUAAAAGUAUGAGUACAAUGUAAAAUGUUCUACAGUAUGAUCUGUUUAUGAUCAAAAAGACGCCCUCUUUCAAAUAAAUGCCCCUUGUCUAACUAGUAAUCGUUGACACUAAAGCUGCCCUCGCUCUGUAUGUUGUCGGUCAAUUUUAUCCUUGGUCUUUCUGUAGCUCUUUGAAAUGUACCGAUUCAUAUCAAAGAUUUUCACACAUACUACGUACAAUGGGUGAGAUAUUAAAAAUUAGGAAAUGCAAGAUUUCAUGCACUGAUUCAGGUCGAUUUACGCAACUUUGAGCAUAACACUCUCGGCGUUUCGAGAAUUUUUUCGCUCACGCGUUCUAGUCAUUUUUUUAUAUACUAAAACGGCAUUAAAAGCAAUUCUUUGCUUUAUAGAGGGACAUCUGUGAAAAAAGAAUAUAUAUCAGCACAGAAUUUUUAAACAGCAUUUAAUUGUCGCCGAAUUUUCGUAAUCAUGUAUCUGGCGAGCAGAGUUUACAUUUUCGCGGUGCCAUCCGCCGUGCGAAAAGGACCACUACGCACUUUUCUCACAUUGUGAUAUUGUAGCCUCUGCUCGAAGGGUAUAGUAAUCUUCCAUCGUCCUACUGAUAAACUAGCCUGAUCCAGUCGUUAGCUUAUGAAAUCUUGCUUGCUUUUAGUUUGUGUUUGACGCCCCUCUCUUAUAAACUCCCCUCGUCUGAUAGGCACCCCGCAUGCCAGCUCUAGCUAAAUACUAGAGUUAAAAAAAAAGCAAAAUGGAGCGAAAUCAUUCAAGAUUUAUUUAGUUUCUUGCUUGAUCAUCAAGUGUUUGUAUAUCGCAUCUUAUUUAAUGUCAAGGUUAAAGUAAGGAUUCUGACAUCGAAGUUGUGAUAAUGGACUGGAUAGUCCUCGUUUGUAAACUGUGGUUAUAUAUUCGCAGAAAGCAUAUUAGUUUUGUAAAGUGUGUUACAUUUAUGAGAAUAGAUGCCCCUCACUUUUGCACGCCCCCUCGAGUAUCCAGCAAACGCCCAUGCCUCUUGGACUCCUAAAAUAAAAUAUACGCCCGGGCGUCUAUUAGAUCAUUUACAGCUUGCACCUUUAAAACACCUGGGGUCUUGCAAGAAAAGGAGGUACUCUUAACGAGUCCUUAGCUUCGAGAAAAACUGCGAACGUUUUCACUUCCGAACGUCUUCCCCUCUCUCUCCCACGCUUACACACCUAAUGCACUUCACACACGUGAAGGUAUAGAAAAACAGUGUUUUGGGGCGCCUGUUCCAUGCCCUGAAAAGAAAAGGCAAUAAAAAGGCGAGGCCUGGGAGAGGGAGAGCCAGGGCUCCCUUUUUUCUGAGCGCUCACUUUUGUAUUCGCUUUUCCCACGACUAAGAACCUAUAACCGGCUGACGAAGUUCUCUGACAGCAAGAAAAAAUGAUAGGAAAGAGAGAUACCUCUACCGGCCUCCGACGCGUUCUUUCAUGUAGUCGCGACCACCUUUUUGGUCUAAACUUGCUGGUUUUCAAAGCCGGUUUCGUUGAGUCAAUUAAUGUAGACUACGAGCAGUCUCUUAUUUUUCUUUUGUGUCACCGUAGAUCGAGAGCACGAGUUUGGGUCGAGCAGCUAAUCCGCGGGAAACGACUGCGGAAACCCGAAUCUCUCCUCGUUUUUACCAUUAAUUUGAAUAAUUUUACUUUUUCGCUCGCCGCGCGUGGCUCCGAGGAAAGACGACCGCUCGGAGUCUACAAUUAAUGUGGAAUGCACAUGCCCUGUUAAGACUGCACGCUGCAAAUUUUUGAGCCCACAGUUAUUGCGCAAACCGUUUCUGUAAGUUGUUUCGCACGCGACUAAAACGUUAGUGGUUGUUAUAGACUACUCAUCGGAGGCCGACAGAGGUCUUCAAGCCUGAGACCCUGCUCCGCAAUUGUGGAAAAAGGCAAAAAACGGAGUCAAAUCUAGGCUAGAGGUCUGUUGUCUUUCCUCUCAUUCUUCCUUUUGCCCGUGAGAGACCUCUGUUAGCGCGGGUAGGAGACUAACGAAGAAACUUUAAGCUCAAAGCUGUGGGCAAUUUGCUUUUUUCAUCUCCUUUAUUGUUUCAUAGAAGCUGCUUCUUUUUUCUGUAGGUUGUUAAAGGUCGUGUAAAGUCUGUAAUGCCCAGAUUGUCUUCUGACACACCUCACCUGGAGCCGACUCCGAACCAUGACUGUCACAUAUGUAGAAAUACUACCAGCUCCUCUGUUACGGACUUCACUACUCUCUUAAGGAAUACUCAGGUACUUGUAGGGAAUGACUAAUACAUCAACUUCUGCCCCAUUAAUGGGCUUAAUCAAGUUUGGAAAACCCGGUCAAACUCAAUCAAUUAAGUGGUCACCUGGUUAAUUCCCGCGGGUGACCGCUUAGUAGAGUCGUGGGGGACUGUAGACCUUGGAAAUGACUUGAUAGUGGCGCGCAACUUGUUUUUCUCUUUUUCUCGCGCACGAUCUUCCGGGAAACUUCACGGGAAAUGAACGUCAAAAACUGUCAAUGUUAUUGUAAAAAACAAAGUUUCCAUGGUCUGUACUGGAACUGGUAAGUAGUUCCACCACAAAGAUUUAAGAUGGAAUCCACCAGAACAUUGAGUAAUUUUGAUUUUCAGUGGACAAAAAUUUUGUGCCAGAAUAAUUUAAAGCAUAUUGCAUUCUUUCUUACAUUUUUUAAGGUCUAAAGAUGUAAUAAAUCAUUUGUAGUAACACCAAAAAAAAAAUUCUUAUGGGAGCCCAAGAAAAUGAAUGCCAAAUUUCACAAAGUUACAUCUAACCUUACAAAUGAAAUUUUCAGAAAUUUUACCUAUGUAAGCACAAUUCUUGUGAAAUUUGACUUUUAUUUUCUCGGACUUCAUGAGAAAUGUUCUAAGGUGUUACUACCGAUGAUUUAUUACAUCUUUAGCCCUUGAAAAAUGUAAACUAAUUAUGCAAUAUUCUUUACAUUAUUCUGGUACAAGGUUUUUGCCCACUGAAAAUGUCAAUUACUCAAUUUCCUAAUGGCUUCCGUCUUAAAAAACAUUUUGACGUCAUUUCUGCGAUCAAAGUUAAUAGACCAUAGUAAGUUGUCAUCGAUUUAUUAUUUGUCUGGCAUUCUGUUACGCACGUUUUUCACGGCUGCAUGUCAUCACGUUUUGAAAAAGGACAGGAGCCUCCCCCGCAGACAUUCUUAGGCGUGCGUCAAGCGUACCUUCCCCACGAACGUGGGGAAGGAACGCGUGAGGCACGCCUAAGAAUGUCUGUUCGGGAGGCUACAACGACAGCGACAACCUCGUUCCCAGGGUUCUCUCCUACCAGAACCCUGGGAACGAGGUUGCGACAGCGACGGCUAUGAAAACGUCGCUUAAAAAGCGAAUUCGCGCUGAAAUUUGGUAUUUUCACGUCCUAUUCGGGCAACGAUGGCAAAGAAAUGUACAAAAAAGCAUGCUGCACGUGCGAAGUUCAGUGUGGUUUUGCUUAUCCAAACUUAUUGUUUUUGUGUCGUUCUCAUUGCCGUCGCCGUCGUCGUUGCUUAAGCUCCCUUAAGUCACCGUGACGAAAGUCACUGCAUUCCUUCGUGUCAAUUUUUCACAUGUAGGCGAUUCAUAUUUCCCUUUCGUAAAUGGUAGUUGCCAUGUUUAACAGUCUGUGCCACCGUUGGUAACCAAUCCUUAAGUCAUUCCCCGAAUUAAGUUACAAUAAGGUCAAUUUAGGGUGAACUGAAGGCAACCCACUGACAAAGGAAGGAACCAAACAAAAACAAGUUUCACAUUAACUGGUUCGUUCUUCGCCGUACGAAUUCAUUCAUUUAUAUCUAUUUGAAGGUAACUUAUUUAUGAAGGAACAAACAAAAACCGAUUACGCGAAACUGAUUCUUUCUUCGCACCUCGCAGGCUAUCUGCGUACGAGUUAGUCAGUAUUUAUUUGAAGACAAUAAGUUAAUCAUGAAUUCCUAAUUGAUUCACGUGGCCCACUCUAAAACUGGGUAAAACCAACAUUGCAGUGCUUACAUAUCCCAUCAAAUGGAUAUAAGUAUAUAGUAUAUAGUGUUCAAGUGCAUGACCGGGUGUGCUCCGGCGUACCCAACAUCAAAGUUCGUGAAAAGAUCAGCCGUCUUGACAAGGACAAGCGGGAACUCUGAAAUGUUCAGCACUCCACACCACUUCCGCACUGCUAGUGGCCAACGGUCCUUUGAAUAUAGAGCGACGUCAUUAUGGACUGAUUUGCAACUAGCACUGAAGCUAAGCGAAUUAGUGACUAGUAAAAGCGUCAACUAAGGCGACUUCUUCUGGACGUCUCCCUCAGUGGUUAGUUAAUUAUUUUAAUUCUCUGUUCACAUCAUCCUAAAAAAAAGGAAAACAAAAACUCUACAUCUGGACUUUUGAAACGUCAUCGUUGUUCCUUUUCUUACUCUUUUUCAAUUGUUCGCUUAGUCGCAAAGACCACGUGAAAUCAAGUAAUCUUUAAAUUUGUAGAAGUUAAUAAUAAUAAUAAAUAAUAAAUAAUAAAAUAUUUAUAUAGCGCUUAUACUUUUCAGUUCUAAGCGCAUGUAAGUUAAUCUGAAGUCUCUCUGUCAUUGACCGUUAGUAGCUCUUAAUUUUCCUCACUGCCAGUGUGGUUGGUUGAUAUGACAGUAAUAAAGCGGUCUUUUUUUGCGACGAAAAGGAAGAGUGACUGUAAACAUUACGUGAAUAUUAAAAAGAUUAUUGAAAUAAAGGCUGCAACGUUUAGAAGUCUCACCUGUAUAUUCUUCCACGCGGGUUGUAACUUUCAUCAUCACUAUUUUCUUCGGGUCCUCGUCGAGUCUUAACUUGAUCGUCGCAAUUGCGUCUGGUCACUCUUUUGCGUUUUCUCGGUUUCCUUUUUGACGUCCUUGUCGCUGAAUUAUUGGUUCUUCUUUCCUGCAUUAUACAGCCGAAAGCGAAAAUAAAGAUAAAAACCAUAAAGGCGAACACUAAGUCAACCGAAAACAUUUCCUCUGCUUCCUUGUUUUCGAUAAAAUGGAGCUCAUUCACUCAUCAGCUCAUAAACAAACUGUGGCUAGACUGGCAUCAGCGUUGUAUACAAGAAAAGCCAACUCAUUUGUUAUGAGUAAGGCAGCUAAUGUAGGUGGAUCUCGGAAGCCGUUGGUGUGGCCUGUUAUGACGGUAUGCAUGUUGUUACUAUAUUAACCACCAUUGACGUAAACGACCCUUCAUCUUAAAUCCGCUACAAAAGUUUUCUUCUUAAGACGACGUGGUAAACUAUUUAAUCAUUAGAUGAAAUUAGUAAUUGGUUGUUUCUUUUUACAUUUUUAAAGUGAAUUUUUACACUCAGAUGCUGUUUAGUUAUGUGCCGACGAUUUUUUGUCUGAGUGUAGAUUACCGAAGUGAUGACGUUAUAAAAAUGAAAUUUGUGGAAUUAUGGGAUUUGUUAAGAUAUUCUGAAAGAACAACGUCCAAGACGUUCUGAAAGAACAACGUCCAAGACGCCUAAUCGCCAAAAAUUAGCAAUUCGGGGCAAAUUGUCUCUGAGAUAAUAGCCCAGUUAUGCUGUCAAUAUUCCAUACAAAUCCUUCUAAAUUUGGCUUGGUUCAUAAGAUUAGGAACAAGGUAAGGUUCAGAAGGAUUUGUAUGGAGUCAUUGGAGCAUAACUGGGCUAAUAUCUCAGAGACAAUCUGCCCCAAAUUGCUAAUUUUUGGCGAGUAGGCGUCUUGGACGUUGUUCUUUCAGAAUAUCUUAACAAAUCCCAUAAUUUCACAAAUUUCAUUUUCUAUGACGUCACACUUCGGUACUCUGUUUGUAAUUUUUUUUCACAACUGAGUUGAUCUUUGGCGGUUUUUAGAGGAAUGAAAUAACCAUGUUUUAACAGUCAAAACAAUACAGAUUAUAAACGCACGUAGAAUAGUGGAAAGGAAUAAAUGGUCACCCUUUUAAUACAAGAAGAUUCAUAGCGCUUUCUCUGUACGCUUUUUGUCCUUUAAUAGCCAGAGCAGUGCAAAAAAAAUUCCAACACGCUCGUCUUUAAGAAACAGCUCUGUGUUGCAUGCAUGUUACUCUUCGUGGAAGUCAAUUAGCUAAUAUCGGGUAGAAAAAAGUCACGAAUGAAGUCAAAAUAAUAUUGACCGUUGAAUUUUCCUUAUGACGAUUAUCUUUUUAAUUUAGUUUUUGUUGAUUAGCCCCUUUGUAAGAGCUUCUAAUUGUGUUUGAGGCUAGACAUUUUAAAAUUUCUGGUUUGCUUGUUCCUGAUGCGGAAACAAGAGGUGCUGAACAUGCUUUUAUCUAAUAUCCACAUUGCCUUUAAUAAUUCAAAGCAACGAAUAGCUAAGGCAGUGUGGAGUUCAGCUGUACUGCGGCCGUGGAUAAAAGCAACAUUGUAGUGCUUACAUUCGAUUCCCAUCAAAACGAUGAUGUGAAAAAGAAAACGCUACAAGUGAUCUCCGCGAAUAAAUUAUUAUUUCUUCAUCAGUCUAAUUUCCAGUAAUACAGUUAUCUUUUAUGCGAAGCACUUGUUAUUGCAUUAUGGAUUCGUUGUAGUGAAGAAGUUAAAUUUUCUGAAAUACUAUUUUGUAGCUUAGUCCUACUGAUAAAAUUCCUGGGUGAUGUCAUCCUUUGGUCUAGUCAGCCAUCAUUCGUAAACAACUACGUGGUAGCUAUAAAUCUACCUUCACAUGAUCCUAGAAGAAUAAAAUGCGGUAUAACUUUAUAUUUUUCAACAGUAAUGUUUCGUUAUAAAAAAACAAGUUCGGAGGUAAUCAUCUUUCUUUUUCUUAUUAUUUUAAGUCUCAACACUUGCCGCAGAAAUCGUGCAAAGAUGAACCUCGUGGGUGUCAACAGAUCUCAGUGUUAUUAACUGUUAUUAUUUAUUAUUUAUAAAGGGAACGGUAUCAAUUAUCAUUGAUAACUUCAAGAAAUGGAAAAUUAACGGCAACAACAUUACGAAGUCUCACCGGAAUAUUGUGCCACGAGGAUUAUAAGGUUCCUGCCGGCUGGUCGUUAUUUUCGUCAGGUCCUCGUCGAGUCCUGUGCUGAUGCGGGUCUUGGCAGGGCCUCUGUCGUGUCACUCUUUUUCGCCCCUUCCUCUUCUUUUUUGUGUUUUCUUUGCUGUUGAGGUAUUGUUUCUUCUUCCCAGCAACAAGAAGACCAAAGUAAAAAUGAAGAUUAAGGCCAAGAUGACCAACUGCAUGUACAUCAGAAAACGCUAUUCAGUACCGUUAUUUUGUUCUUCAGUUUCGCAAACUGAUUCACUUAUAACUGUUCCUUAUCAUACAGGUAUUUCCGAGCUAUGUUUAACCACAAUGCAGUCAACUGCAUUUGCCAUACAGACUGGAAUUACGAAUAUAAACAACCAAUCCUAGACCAAUACUGAAGCCACAAAUACCUUACUCUGAUCACGCAAUAUCCAGGAUUUUUAUUCUUUAGUCUAGCCCAAAGUAAAAAUUAAGAUAGAGACGGAGAAUGAUAAUUCUGCCUUUCAAUGACUGGCAUAUGUGCGGCCAGUAUACUGUUUUCUCUAUCUAGGUCUCGAUUAACAAGUCCGGCUGCAUGUAGACUAGAAGUGCAUUGGUUUUUGAAACAAAAGAUUCCUUUGAUUCACUCGUUACAAAUUUAACUAACAGAAACAAAGUUUGUGUACAGUGAUGUCUUCUCCGCACAUCGCAUGGUAGAAGUCCAAAACUCACCUAAAAGAUCAAGAGUUAUACGGUUUUAGCGAAAAAGUUGUCCGCUGAACUAAGUUUCUGUAAGGCAAUGAUACGUUUUUGAAUGGUGUUAGAAAGAGUUGAAUGUACGUUACAAAUUAUGGAAAGGGAUAGGGUCACCUGUUAUUGAUGUAACAGUUACGAAAGACAGUUUGUUAGUUUAUAAUAUGUACUUAAAUUUUUUUCGGAAUUUCGGCGGAUCGGUAUGGUAGUGUAGUGAUUAGGGAGAGAGAUUAUGAUAAUGAAGUGUCGAGGUUAAACCUUAGGUUGCGAUCUUCUUUCUUUUAAUAGAAAUAUUCUCAACGAGAGCGCGGAAGUUUUGUAAGUGUCUUUCAGCGAUCGUUUACGAAAAUUUCUUUAGGACUGUAUAGUCUUCGUAAAGCGUCGAAAGUUCGCGUCGAAGUCGUUCAGUAGAUGUGCGGACCUGUUAUUUCACUCAUAAAUCGUUUUCGUUUUUUUUCUCGUUGCAGUUGUUAUCCUCGGUACCAGAUGUUUUUCCGCGCGAGCGUGCAGCGGCAUGCUUUGCGUCGUUGACCUAAGGCUGAAACAGUUAUUGGCAAAAACGGUCGUGGUGGAUGCUUAAGCUUCCUUAUGAGAAAAGUUUAUUUACCCAUAGCAUUUCAUUUCAUAACAUGUUUGUUCUCUACCUUACUGAUACGAUCACCCCAGCGCUACAUCUAAUGCGCUCACCUGUAACAAGCAUCUUGAUCGUGAUCAAACGUCUACACACAGACACUUUCAUGAUGCGCAGUCAGUUGAACCGAAGCUAAAGAUGCUUGAAUUCGUACAGUGACCAUCUCUUCAAUUCAGAUGCCUUAAUUAUUAAAACAGACAUGUAACGCUGUCAAGUAGAUUUGACUGUAGGACUUCAUGUUUCAGGCUUAAGAACGGUGCUGGAGUUCGCGACCAUGCUGACGACUCCAUAUAGAACGGACAUUUAAUUAGAAGGCACUGACCAAACGUCAGUCAUGCAAUCUCUCCUCUAUAAUAUAAACAUUUCUGCAAUGCGAACACUUAGGUGUGCACCUUUGGUGUAUGAUUACCAAUCUUUGCCUUUUUGUCGGUCACCUAUUUUGAAAUGUUUCCUUGCAGUACUAUCUCUAUGAAUACAACGAUGAGGGUCUUCCAUCUUUGCGGCCGCGCCACUGUCUUCCGUUUGCGGUCAUACACUUAAAGAGAAACGAGUUAUCAAGCCCGCAUAGUCCAAAAUUGAGAUCGCUGAUGUCUGUAGAGAAACCAGUUAGCCCAGGGAAGGAACAUCCAAAACACAUGGAGGUACAGUUGUAACGAAACUAGUGCUUUAAGAGGAGAGGCGUGGUGUUAUUCACCUUGGUUAUGUGUACACUAUACGCCAGGGGGGUGCUCCUGGGAAUUCUAGGUGGGGAUGUGCCACCCGGUUAUCCAAAUCCUGACCCUAUUUCAGACCAAAAUACGUUAUUUUCUACUCCCGUUUUCAGACUUGGCAUUUCAAAUGCAUACCCGUUUUCAGACCUUGAGGUGGUCAAAAAACGCGACAUUACAUGUUUUACAUAAAACAGCAAUUAUGUCAUUCUUUCUUAAAAUCCAUUUCUAAUUUGCAUAUUUUACUUUCUUUCUUAUUCAUUUGAAAUUGAAACGACGGAGACACUGAUACAAAUCCGUAGUUCCUUUGUAAACCAUCGAUUCCAGAUCAAAAAUGGUCAAAAUCUAUACCCGUUUUCAGACUAAAACGACGCCAAAAUCUUACCCUUUGGGGCGGCACAUACCUAUAUGGCUUAUACAGUGGCUGAUCCAGACCCUCAGAUAAGAGAGGGGGGGCGGUCAUCCAGACCCUGAGAUAGGGGGGGACGGUCUCCAAAAUUUUUUUUUCGGCCAUUCAGGCCUCAUUUUGGUCGAAAAAUAUGGGGGGGCCGGGUAGCUUUUCGUGCCGACUUGAAAGCCGAAUAUCCGGUACAGUAUGAACGGAAACGAAACGGAGCUGAAACAGGGCGUUCACACACAUCAAACAUCGUAUACCGCACCGGCUGGCUGAGAGUUUUGUGCACUGAAUCCUAAUGCUCACUUUUGAAUAUUUAAAUCCGUCUCUGUGGGUUCCACUUCUCCCUCUUAAUCAUUUACUUCCGCUAUGAUCAGAAUACUUGUCCACUCCUCGACGAUGAGUGGCAGAAACCUGUCCGAUAUGUGACGAUCCACUUUCAAGGUUGGCGCGACGCAGCUUCUUUCCGUCACAGAAGUCGCGCCGAAAUGACCCAUUCUUAUAUGUGAACAGAAGCUCUAGCCUGUAUGGUUUUUGUUUCGUCGCAAGCGAUACAAGGAUCUUAUACCCGCGCUUGCGUUUGCGUUGCUUGUGAAAGCAGGUGUUUAUCUAAAGCACUUUUUAAUCCAAACAGGAAUGCAAGUCUAUGACAUUUAGCGAUGAAGCCGGUAUUCUGGCCUGGAGGGGAUUGGUGAUGAGUGGCGAGAAGAGCCUGGGUCGGGUGUCGCUUUUGGCGGGACAUAAGCUGGGAUUCAACUUUAUGUGAGCAAUUUUUAUGGCCUUCUAGCCGAUAUAAAGCACUUGGAAGACUCAGUAGAAUGAAUAGGGUAUUAAGAACAGUUCAUCUCAAAAAAUUUCCCAUCUAAGAAGAGGUUUGAAAAAGUAUGAUCCCGUAAAGAUAUUUUACCUGUAAUUAGUAAAGUGUGUCGCCUGAAUUUUUGCCGCCCAUGCACCGACGGUGGCAUAUUUCUUUUAUUGCCAUAUAUAUAAAGUGUGGAGCAAGCUGUCUCAGUUCAUUGUGAGAUAUGUAAUGCAAUUUCCGUUUUCCGGCUUCCUAAUUUAAAAUCAAAUUGUAUAGUCGACUGUCUCUUAACGGACACCUCAUAUAAGAGGGACACCUCUGUAAAACGGACACCUCAAUAAGACGGACACCUCGGUAAAACGGACACCUCAAUAAGACGGACACCUCUGUAAAAUGGAUACCUAAACUAAGUUGGUCCCUGCCUUAUUUACACACUUAGUGCCGGUCCUAAAGGUUUCCGUCUUAAGAGCGUUGAAUGAAUUUUUGUUUAUUAUUUUUUUUAACUGGCUUGAAAAAGUAUUUCGAGGCCAAAAGGUAUCCAGCUAGGUUUUGAAAGCAUACCAAUCACUGCACUGAAGCACACGUACAAGGGCAAAACAGGUGUCCAUGGCUGCCACUGCCCGGGUGAUAUGGUUGUGCGCAUGCGUGAGGUACUGGCCAUAACGCAGAGUUGGUACGUGUGCUUCAGUGCAGUAAUUGGUAUUGUUUUGAAAGCAUAACCUGCACGUUACACUAUUAACCUCCCUACACUUUAAAACGUUCGCCUUCUUUUGUACCUACCUCAAUCGUCUUACAUUUUAGUAGUUAUAAUACGUUGUCUGUAAUUAUGUUAUGUCAGUCCUGUUGUCAAACGUUUAUUGCCUACCCCUCUUGUUUCAGGAAAUCCUAUUUAGAUGUGUCAAGAAAAAUCUCCCUUACACAGCUUGCAAAAAUUUUACCCGGAGACAUUAUGUGCGCCUGGAAUUUCCCUUGUAAGUAUUUGGCUGGUUUUGCUUUUUCCCUUAGAAAAUAUUGAGCGGUUUUUAUGUUUAGACAAUACAAGUUAUAACUAUAGCAAUUUCUGUAGGUACCUUACCAGGGGUGUGCGUGAACGACAUUCAAUCAAAAGUCGUGUGCUUGAGUCAGAGAUGUCAACUCAUGUGAUGAGACCACCAACCAUAGCAGCGCCAUAGCUCGCAUAGUUGUACUGCUAUGUUAUUCGCUACACGCAUAAUUAACCCGUUACCUAGGUUACCUUUCACUCCGCGUCUCUUGUUGUUUCUCUGUCAGUUUUAAUUGACUGUCUAGCGUUGUGUAAUAAACGUGCUUGUUCGGAGUUCCGACUCAACUUACUGGCGCAGCGAAAACAGCAACAGGAAAGAGUGAGAACUGUGAAAAAAAAUUUUUUCGUAGAUUUGAACGAACGUAUCAGGCAUUUAUUUAACCGUAAGGUCAAGUAAGUGGUAAAAUUUAGGGACCUCAAUUUACGUUCUCUAGCGUGUUAAUUUCGCGGGGACAAAGCGGUAUUGGUUGAGUUACGAAAAUUUGAAUACCGUAUGCUGUAUGACUUUCCUCUCCACAGUAAUAUUCAGAGGCCACACGUUGAGUCUUUGCACAAUGAAACCGGCCCAGGGACAAACCUCUGAAUCCUUUACAAGCUUCACCAGAGGCCUCGUUAUUAAAGCUAAAUCUGUAAGUUCUAAAUUAAGAAGUAGAUUUCAAGAAGUAGCUUUCACAAGGCAUAAAGGCGCCUUUGAUAGUUUAUUUUUGUGUUGAAUUAUUUGUUGCCAAGUGUCGUUCUCAGCGCUUAGAUUAACGCGCAUUAUCUUUUUACAGGCUGGUGUAGUAUGUAUCGACCCAUGUACUACAAUGUUUCUCGUUCCAUCCUGCAAGCUGGCUGUUUAUCUUGGUGAGUGUAUUCUUUGUGAGGGUAGCCUUAUCUUUCCUUUAAGAAAUCAUAUACGAAACAGUAAAAGAAAGAAAACUAUACAAGAAUGAAGACCAGUUUCCGCGACGUGAGAGUCGAAAAACAUUCACCCUAAGACGAGGUGAACGCAUAAAAAAAUAACAGCAUCAACUAGUGAUAGGAAUCACUUAUCCGAAAGGAUCACCUUUCCCUGUGGCGUCAACAGUCGAAAAUAAACAUUUCUCGAACACCUUAUCAAAAACUGAAACUAUUUUACGAGGAUUUAUCCGAGUAAGUGAAUCUUUGUUAAUGAGUUUAUCAGCUUGCAAUGAAUGCAUUUUCAUGUCCUGUUGCUAUUAAAUAGAUUAUCCCUUUUCAGAGCAAGUUGUCCGAGUGUGUGUUACAUUUUACCUUUUCUUUGUUACUUUCAGGGUUUUGCGAAACUGAGAGUCCUCUUAGGGUGUUCUGCAUCAUUUGUCGUCGUCAAACUACUGCGCUGUCACCAAGAUCCGUGUGGCCGCUUACUAGUCCUUUCAGCCCACCUUUCAACAGCCGCGCAGCCAACCAUUCAAACACUGGCUCGAGUGCGGGUUACGAAUCAACAGCCAUCGAGCCAUCCUUGUUAGAUUUGAAAACCAAGCAUAAGGCAAAGAUUGUUGUGUCGCCAACAGAGAAAUCCCCGCGACUGAGUCCCAAACGCCCAAGUCCACGUCAAGAUGUAAAACGAUCGCUGUCCUUCUCUUACAGUUCUCCAAAAGAUGCGACGAAGCCUUUACAGAGAACUGCUAGGAGUGCGAGCUCGCCCGAAAGACUCCGUUUACAAGAUGACUCAGCGAGGCCUAGGAUCCAGUCUGAUAUUUCCCGUGACAGCGAUGAGCGCAAAAGCAAUUUCAUAGCUAAUGAUUCGCCGGUGAUAGGAUGUGGUCUGCGUGAGGUAAAAAGCUUAAACCUGGACUACGCGGAAGAUGGUAAAAAUUCCUUAGAAGUGUCGACUGCAGAACUUGAGGAAGGGUUAAAAACAGCUCCGGAUACUCAAGAAAUGUUAUCAACAGAGCUAACGCGUUUGCUUACGUUAGGAAAGCAAAAGGACACCGCAAAUUGCAGUCACUCUGAUUCCGAAUCAGAGAAACCUCUUGUGAAACAUACAAAUGCAAAUACUUUACCCAAUGUACUGUCCGUUUCCUUUAGUUCAAUGUGUAGAAGGGAACGUCAUCAAACAGGAGAAUUGGUGGAAACGCCAUCAGUUGUUGCAGAUGAGUGUCCAAACGAUCCCUGCUUGUCUAAUGAAAGUGGCUCACGCACCUUAACGAAUACCGCAUCACCACCCGAUAUUUCUCAGCUCGAAUCCAUUUGGGAUUUGCACGACAAUUUACAAACAGUUGAUAUGGAAAUCUUGGAGUCGUUGCCUAGUUCAAUUACUGUAGGCCAAGCCUUCUCUUUCUCCACUCCACACGCCUUCAAUGGAGUGUCGACAGCACAAGCUUCGCUUGAGAAGGUCGUAUGCAGCAAGACAAUUCUUCCUGAGUCGUCGACUACAGAAUCUGUCCAAAACAUGCCUGUUACAGUGACUGCAAAGCAACUGCUUGGUGAAGCCGCUGGGAAUUCUACCACGAACCCAACCAAUUUUAUUGCACAUACAGUCUCACCCGCUAACGAUCAACUGGUUGUCCUGUGCGAUACAAAGUCUCCUGACACUGAUAGUACUAACCAUGGUGAUGACGUCGGGCUUAGCCGUGAGCCUGAAUCACAUGAUAUUGUUAUGUGUGUCGAUAUGUCCAUAUCAACAGACGACGAAUCGGAAGUGUUUGAUAAAAACGAUGGAUCGGAAACGUUAGAUAGAAACUUGAUUUGUGAAAAUCACAAUUGGCAGACUGCAAUGUUAGCAAACUCUCAGCUACUUCAAAAUUCCAGUAAGAAGAAUUCGGAUUGGUCGAAAUCUCUGAGCAUCGAUGAGGGUGCGCGCUCUCGCGAACAAAGCGUUUCUCCAGUGUGCAAAGGAGCUGAAGCGGGCGGAAGCGACUCGGAGAUGUCUUUGGACUGUGCUGAAGGCAAUUCUCUAAGUUUUGAUCGACCCUAUUCAUUCAAAAGCUCACCGGAUACUGUCGAAAAGCAGUCCAAACCAAGAAACUCUGUAUUAUCAGGAUCGGCAGCGAACAUCCUGAUACAAAAAAAUUGUUCUUUAGAUGAGAACACCAGCCUCUCUACAUCCUGUGCACAGUCCUGUAGCAAAGUUUUGGAGUCUUCUUUGUCACCUCGAAAGUUUCCUAAGUUGUGCAUAGAACGGUUGAAAGCACUUCAAGGCGCUUUGAAAACGGCGACAGGUCUAAACGCGAACCAACCUGACAGAAAUACGUGUUCGCCCUGCAAGUUAGUCAUUCAUCCGCAAAAUACAAAAGAACCAGAACCAGAUAAAGAUUGUGUGGAACGUUUUGAUAGUAUGGGAGUUUCUGUAACGGAACAGGGAAGUGAAGGCACAAAACCGCCGAUGUUUGGCCUUUCUGCUGUUGAAACCCAAGAUUCUGUUAUACCUACAAAGUCACAACCCUGCGAGGGAGGGGUGAUAGAAAUGUCACUCAUAGAGGACUGGGGCUUCGUACCAGGCUCUUCUAGUUGUAAUGAAACACACCUCACAGAUGAGGCAUUCGGCCCUUUGGACGUGGAGGAAGAAGAAUAUGAAAUAGAUUCAAUCGACGGAGAUCCAGUUGUUGAGCCAUUUGAAACUGGGCCAUAUAUUGAUGAAUGUGAUAUACCAGAGCCAGAAGUUGUGGUGUGUUCUCCAUCAGAACCGAUGGAGACAUUCACAUUUAGAUUUCCGGGAAUACCUGCUGUUGAUGAAGACGAGAACGGUAUGAGCGAAACAACUGAGGACAAAACGCAUCUUGUCGAGGAGAGCUUAGUGGUACCAGAGUUCUGUACGGAAGUAGUCGUUUCAUCAUUGGAAAAUUUCGUGUCCGAAGUGGGCUUACCUGAAGAAUCCAGUUUAGAAAACGAGUCAGAAAUUCCUGAAUCUGUUGUUGUUGUUGAGGGGGAUAAAGUUGAUAGUAUAGUGUGUAUUUCGCACUCUUCUCAAAACGUAGCUAACGGGUGUUUAAGUACGUUGCCAAAGAAAGAUGUGUUUUGUAGCGGGGACGUGAAGGAACUGGAAAACACAGGUUCGAAGCAACAAUGCUCUGAACGGUUGGAGGAAUGUGAAAAAGAGUGCUUAGGUCCUUUGUUGAAGAGAGAUGAGCAGCAGAUCGUAGAAGUAGCAAAGGCCGAAAGGCCAGUUGGUCAGCCUGUUAUUUUGAAGGGGUCUCAGAUGGUGGAAUCUACGAAAGAUGGGGACGUGCCUAUUUAUCUGAAUUUAGACAGAGAGCCAUGUGAAAUUACCACACAAAAGCGACCAGCUGCGACUCUCGAGGACGUGCUGCAAGUUCAAAUGGAUGAUGUCAUCGUCGGCGGUUCAAAGGUAGAAUUACCUGCGCGUGAAAGAAAGGGAGGGUGGCAUGAAGUUUCUUCACCGAACGUCCAAGAAAGAGAAAAAGGUAGUGGUUGUGAGGGAUUGUUAUCGGAAAUACAAGUGAAGCGAAACGGCACUGACGACGAGAGAGAAGGAGCAGUUACUUCAGAGGAAAAUGAGGAGGUGGAUAACAGAUGUUCUGUAAUGACAUUACCAGAAGCGCGUGAUCCUGGUUAUAGUAUUGAAGAAGAGAAACAAGAUUGCUUAGUUAAGGGAAAAGAGACGGCAAGCCGUGACAUAGCGAUAGGUGAUGAGUCAAAAGCAAUGUAUUUGUCAGCUUCUUCACCCCGUUUGUUACAAGCGAACACGAAUAUGACACAUAAUAAAACCGUUGAAGGAAGAUCGGAAAGAUUGGAAAACACGGAGAAACUGCUCGGGAAAACAGAAGAGGAAGGGAAAGAGAUCAAUCAUGAAGCGGAGUCAAAAAGUGAAACGGAAAAAGAAAGAUGUCCAGAUAACUUGUCCUCAAAAGAGAGGGAGGAGGAGGUAAAAUGUACAAGCUCGUCACAAAACCGGGUGGAAAAGACAAAAUGCUCAGACUUCUUUUUAAACUGCCACAGAGUUGAAAACUCUGAAGAACUGGAACCUGUUAAGGAUAUGACGAAGUCUCCGGUACAGUCAGUGAGAAAAAGUAACUUCGGAAAUGUUGAGUCAAAAAGUGUUUCCCCCGCCACAACCACUCAGUGGACUGUAAAGUCACUUGAUCGAAGUGGGACGACUAGAAUGAGAAAUAACGAAACAAAUGAAACAUUUUUGAGGGAACAUUUAAAACAGGAACCACUCGAAUCAACAGGAAAGAAUCUUGUGUGGUCAACACCUAAAAAUAAAACAAGGAAAAGAGAACGAAAGGUUAAUAACUCUUUUGCAGUAGUGCCUUCUCCCAGAGAGUCCAAAGUGGAAACUGCGAAGGAUGACACGAGCUCUAAGAAGCUGGCUGAAAAAACUUCAAAAACGGAAGAGGUUAAGAAACCCAGUGAACGCACAAUGAAAAGCGCAGUCGUUUCUGACACAGUCAAGGCAAAUGUAAAAUGCAAGGUCACUGAGAAGGGCGAUAAGUUGGGUACAAAUAUCGUUAAGUCAGCAGGAACUCCCUCUGUUAUUUCACCGCCGCCGUCUUCAAAUAGAAAGUCCGAUGCUCAAGCCUCGCAAGUUAAAAGUAAAGUUUGUCACCAAGGCGUUUAUUAUCAGGACACUCAAAACAAGAGUGAACCCAAAAGUGCAGUCGUUUCUGACACAGUGGAGGCAAAUGUAAAAUGCAAGGAGACUGAGAAGAGCGAUAAGUUGGGUACGAAUAUCGUUAAGUCAGCAGGAGCGCCCUCUGUUAUUUCACCGCCGCCGUCUUCAAAUAGAAAGACCGAUGCUCAAGCCUCGCAAGUUAAAAGUAAAGUUUGUUACCAAGGCGUUUAUUAUCAGGACACUCAAAACAAGAGUGAACCUUUGAUAGCCAUGCAGUGGGAUAACAUAGUACGAAGUAUGAAACGAAAAUGUACAGAGGAGGGAUACAUCUUGGCAAAGCAACCCAAGUUGACGCCAACCCACAAUGAAGCGGUAGAAAAUAGAGGCGCACUGAAAAACUUGACUCCUCCACCUCCAUUGGUCUCUUUGGAUCGGGAAAUGAAUCGAAGUCAACAAGUACAUGGGAUGCCGCGUGCGAUGUUGUGCGAGUCGAACAUACGAGAUCCUCGCAUACACCGCCCUUACCCAAGACGACCCCAGUUUGAGUACAUGUUGCCUACAGUGCACUAUUAUAACGAGAGAAAAUAUUUUAAAGCAAAUACCGAACACCAUUCAUAUCCUUGUUGGGUUUCUCCUCUACCUACACCGUUUCCUGUUAAUAACAGAGGAACGGAGAUACCACCAAAUCCUUGGUGGUAUCAGCAAAGAGGUGUAAUGCCACAUGAUCACAGAGCAAACCGACAGCAUUUUGACCCGGUGUACCCGAUACAUGGAAACUGUGGGGUCCCUGUGCCUCAACCUGGUAACCCUGCGUUUCCACCGAAACCUGGUCUCCUACCUAACCCCUGGAAACGUGGUCUCCUACCAGACCCCUGGCACCCGCGUAGUAACCCAUGUUACACGCCGCAUCCUCUUGUUACACCAAGAUAAAUGAUAUUUAAUAAGAUAUAGUUUUGUGGUGCUAUUCGGGAAUGGGAGGGGGCGGGGUGCUUCAGAAAGACAAUCAAUCAUGCACAUGGACAGAUAAGAAGUGACUCUGAUUAUCCCCGACCUUAAACUAAUUUAAUGGAAAUUUCCACGGUCCAUUUUCCUUCGUCGACAAUUCAUUUUUCUAUAAAAAAUUACAGACAAAUUUACCAAAAAACUCUGAUCCAAAAAUCGCCUAUUUUCGCUGUAAAGUCCAUCGCGCUGCUUUUUCCAAUAAAUAUGAAGCACUUAUCUUGUACCGAUAGUUAGCUUACGCAAAAGGAGGGCAGAAAGAAGAGGACGGCAAAACGUGUGCGUGUUACAAACGUGACAGGGUUAUUACUUGCGUGUUUUGUCGUGAUCUUCAUUUAUAGCCUUACCGUGUUCCGGGACCCGUUUCUCGAAAGUCCCGGUAACUUUCGGGCCCGAAAACACACAUUCAAAUCGAACUGUAAAGAACAAGAGCGUGGGUCCUGGCUAGCGUACUACUCCAUUUCGUUUCAUUAACUGAUAGUUUUAUCAUGUUAGAUACAAAGCUAUUGAAACUUCUAUCUUCCAUGUAAACAACAUCUUUACGGGCCCGUUAAUUAUCGGGACUUUCGAGAAACGUGUCCCUGGUCUUUCACCGAAGGAUCUGUUUUAGGGGAGUUGAAGUUUGGCGGAAAUUGUUUUUCAAGCAUGACAUUUUCACGCUUGGCUUGUCACACAAGGUUUGCCGUUCCCUUUGCCUUUCUAUUGCGUAACUUCAGUAUUGUUUCAUGCUGAACUGAGAAUCAAGCCUUUCAUAGAGGUCACGGAAGAGGAGAUUUAAAAAGACGAAGAGGAUAGAUAAGGAGAGAGGGGAAAAGGGGUGCCAUGGAGCUCUGAGGACGAGUUGUUUAAUUAGCUAUAACGAAAAAAUGUCGGGCCUUAGCCCUGAAAACAACGGCAGGUGUCUUUUCAGAAGCCAACGACGAUAGAGCCAGAAUUGAGGUUUUUCAUUCGUGUCUCCGGACGAUGAAUGGCCUAUCCUAUCAUCGCUUUCUUAUCCUUUCGCUCCUCUUUCUCCCUAGAAAAGCCAAAUUCUCAGUUUAAUUCAUAGAAAAGAACCUUCAUGACAAAUAGGGCGGUGAAACUUCAAUGAAAAGGCGCGAAUAUCCCAACUCGUCCUCUUUGUCAAAUGUAGGCGAGCUCUCCCGGAGUUGAAUUCUUUAGAAAAACUAUCCAAGUUCAAAGAGAAAAAGACAAAAUUCGUCAUUCUUUUCACGUUACAAAGUGUGCUGCGCGUGUAAAAGUUGUUGUUUUGCUAACCUAAACCUAUUGCGUUUUUGACGUUCUGGUUGCCUUCGUGUCAUGUUAAACUCCCUAAUUCUGAUAACCGAGCAACUUUAUUACUACUAUACAAAAGGCAGUACCUGGACGUUUUAAAGCGAAAAUAGACGAUAAUGGAAAGUAAGGUUUUGAUACUCUACCUUUAAAAUCACUUGAAAAGCCAUUUGGUUGUAACCGUGUGAAGUUUUCCGUUCUGACUGUAGGGGAAAGGAAACGAAGACGGCGGGAGAAGAGAUUGAGAUUUUAUUAAUGACAUAUUUAAUAAUUAAUUGGGUUAAUAUAUAUAAUUGCAAUGCUUAUCAUUCGCUCAUGUCGAGUAUGGUUUCAGCUAUAACCGAUUUUCGCAAACACGUUAUUUGCAUCGAAGGUUAAGAUUUAUAUUUAUGUAAAAUAACGAGAAGAGUUUUAUAAGAGUUUGUUCCUCGGAAAUCUGUAUACUAAGCUUCGGUUGCGAAAUAAAAUGAUCCGAAGACCAAAGAGAUUUUUUUCUGUAAUGGGUGGGUCAGUUUCGUGCUUCGCCUUCACGAGGAUGUCUCCUGGACAUGGGUUCUCAGCCAAAGGCCCUGGGGAAUUGCGGGCGACAGGAAGCACUUUCUUAUAUGGCCCAUACGUAGAUAUGCUCCUGGAGAGAAUAAGUGAUUUUUUUCCCUGUCACCGUGUCAUUGGCAGACUGAAAACACCAAACACCCCAUUUUCAGAUAUUGACCUCUUUGUCAAACGUGAGUGACGCCGUGUGCUCUUUUAAGUGCAAAAAAGUUUUUUUAAAAAAUUUCGCCUUGUUUGCCUGAUCAAAUCAUGUUGAAAUAACUUUUGAUUUUUAAUUCAGGGGCGGAUUCAGGAUAUUUUUUAGGAGGGAGUGCACUCGUCUCUUUCUCUACUUCAACACCAAUAAACCACAUAGUUUUUUUUUUGCAGAAUACCAGUUGUAUUAGAAAACCGCAGGUCAUCUCGGCGGGGGGGGGGGGGUACGUACCCCCUGCACCCUCCCCCUAGAUCCGCCCCUGUAAUUCAUGGCUACUAUCUUGUACUAGUUCACAGUUUCCAUGCUCACCAUUAUUCCGUGGGAUGCCUGUGGCACUCCCACGGUAAAAAUCCGGUUCGGUUGUACCCAAAAUUGCAAAGCCAGCCAAUAGGAUUGCCUAAAAUCUUUAUCGAUUAUCUCUUCUUCCAAGCCGACCAAUCGGAUUGUACAAAAUCUGUAUCGAUUUUUAAUCGAUUUGCUUCCCCAGAAGAACGUUGAAAUCAGAACGUUUCUUGCCAAAUUUGUCGCGCUUGAGUUUUCCCACUCGUGGUUUAGGAUGGCUUGUUAACCAGCGAAAUCCUUCGGGAUACUGGCAAGUCACGAAAGGCGACCUAAGCCAAAUUUUUUCUUUCCUUCAUGAUUCUUUUUUGUUUAGGUCUAGCUUUUUCAUAAGGUUUUAGUAGCGUCUGGUUGCGGGCCAUGAUUUCCGAUAGAUUUUUCUAUUCGGAGUUCGCCAGUUUUUGCCGAGCACAGCUAGAGUUCAGUUAUUUUCUUUUCUUAUCGAAAAUACCUUGACGAUGGGAGGUUAAAUCGCGUAAAUUUGAACUCGUACCCUUGACGAUUGGCGUUGAAAUCGCGUAAAUAUUGUCCUUGUCGAUCGACGACUCGCUUUCGGCAUGGAUUGGACUUCUGGAUGGGACACGGAUCAGGACAUGAGUAAACUUAUUAUACCUUUGAAUCAGGGAUAAUCAUUGGAACUAUGUUAACUUUGAGACCUUGGAAACACAUUGCAAUUAAUUUUUAACCGUAUCAAGAGCAUCUUGGAAUAUUAAACUUUCAUCUUGGAUUAAAACAUUAAUUGGAACUUUAUCGAACUUUGUAACCCUGGGUUCGACCCUGUCGGAUAAAGCAAGCGGAUGUUUUGUUUUGUUUUGUUCCAUUAACCUAGAUAGAACGCCAUUAUGCUUCCAUAGACCAUCGCAUCCCACGGAAACGACUUUAGGCGUCUUGUUAAUCUUAAGUUUAUUAGUGAAAUAUCCACGGUUUCACUUUUCAAGAAAGCUUUUUUUAAGACAAACCUUAUACGCAGGUAAAAUGGUUUGCAAGGUAAACCCAGUGAUGUACCCGUCUGUAGAGAGGUUUUUUUACAAGGUCAUUGACUGUAUUCAUAUUUUCCAUUUCCAGAAUCUGAAUUGCGCAUUUGUAUUAUUCAGUUUUGUGUUGAAACUGGUUCCACUAUUUUUAAGAUCCAUGCCAGUCUUCCUGUGGCGGCGCAGUUCAAAGGUCGUUUAUAGGCACGCAAUUCGUGCUAAGCACACACGCCAGUCAAUGGAUCCAUGGUAUCCUGACGGGAAGUUCUAAAACGCGGAUAGAUGCAGCCCCUGACCUCUAUUUACAGUUUGGCACUUGUCAAAAGCCUUUCUAUCAAACUACGGAAGUCCGGUGACCGGAUUUAAAGCUGAUAGUAGUAAACCUUGGCCAAUCUUAUUCGUCCGGUAUCUUACGGGUGCUGCUGGUAUUGUCUAUACUGAUUCAAAAUCCGUUGAAUAAGCUACGGAAGUCCAUUACAUGGCUGAGCUUUUUUAGACUUUUUAAAAAUCUCUUUUUGCACUUAAUGUAAUGUUAGUAAUAAAUUGCUUGUUGAUACCCAUUUUUAGGGAGGCGAUUUUGGAGUGAACGCUUAUACAGUGAAAUACCUCCAGCAGGCAUGGAGUUAAACAUUGACGGAACAUACAGCAGCUUCGUCACUUUAAAAUGGGUUGAACAAACAAAGAGAAAGCAGGGGAAAAAAUGCGAUUAGAGAGUUUUUAAAUAGAUCUUGUUUAGGGAAAUUUUAGUCGUGAGUGGUUCCAUACAGCAACAAGGCCGAUAUCUAUAAAAAUACAGCAAAUAUAGGCAAACUUCCAAGUCACAACUUCAAAGUUUAAUUUCAUCUAAUUACUGAGCCUUUUAAUACUACCGUCAAGAACAGUUUACGGAUGAAAGAGGAACUUUGAAUUAGAACUGAUAGAUGGCUUAAUUAAGACAUCAUUUCCGAUCGAUUUAAUUCACGACGGCUCGGGAGAAGAUGUCUCAAGUCAGACAAACCCUUUUUCGUAAGUUCACAAAAUUGUGGCUACUUGGCGUUUCUCUGUGGUAGUUUUCAACAAGUCUUGUCUUAAAGCCAUCUUAUUAAACGAUAAAUGCAUAGAGCAGUUUCAAAGUUUAACUUAAUUAUUAAAACUCCGACCUAUGGAAAAACGAGGUCCUGAUUUUUAAAUUUGCAAAGUGUAAACAAGAUCACCCGGAAGUACGCACCACGAAAUGAGCUACCACUGUACAGUCCACAGACCCAAUCAACAGUACUGACAAUUAACAAGUUUCCCAGGCUUGUAUUUCUAACGGAGAUUUUAACUCGAGAGCAAUGAAAAGAAUCUCCUCUUUUAGAUUUAUCUUCUCUAAAUCGGUUUUCCGGUGCUAACAAUCUGUACGCGGCUUCAUUAAGCUUACCUUUCAAGUAUCGUGGAAUAUUUUUGGAAAGAUCUUCCGUCAACGUGUUCCUUUUGAAAUCUGAUUUGUUUCAGUGCAAGGGAAUAUAUGAGCAACUUAAAAGAAGUCAGUGUAAGGAAAAAGUACGAGGCGUAGCCGAGUGAAGUAUUUUAAAAGAGAAUUUCGAGUCUGCAGCCAAACAAUAUAGAGACAACUACGAAAAAUAUAAGAAACUGCAACGACCACGGCGACAGCGACGGCGACGGCAAGGGCCAACGUCUAGAACACAAUGGGUCGGUUAUUUAUACGAAGUCUAACUUAGGCCGCGGUUUAGGAAAUCAUUGGACCUAAAUAUCAUUUUCUUAGUGGGUUAAUUUAAGAAAAUACGUGCAUGCUUUUCCAGUCUACGCUUUGUGCUUUACUGAAAUUGUGCACGAUAAAUGGUGUUUAGAUAUAUAAAAUCGUUGGGCAAACUGAAUAUGGCUUAGAUCACGGUUCUGUUACUGCACGGGCUAAACUCCGUUGAUGUAAUUGGCGCAAUGGGUUUUAUGAGCAAAACAACAAUUCUGUAUAUACUUGUAUCACCCUUAAUGUAAAUUUCUGCGCCGUAAAAUGCAUAACUUCGACGUGAAAUGGCCAAAUUUUGAGGUUACUUGAGAACGGGAACGGCAAGGCGAUAAACUAUCUCUGUCUGAAUUCGGUCCUGUCCUUACACUUUCAACCUAACUUCACUAUUUUCAACUACCUGGGUGACUUAGUGUUUGGGCAAAAAAGUUUCAAAGGAGGCGAAGUCUAUUUUUAGCGACGUUUUCAUUGGCGUUGCCGUUGUCGGAUCGUAAGGUCCCUAAUAACAACAUGAGCACUCAGUGUUUUGCAAGUUAAAAGCGACCAUUUAUUUAAAGAUAAAAAACCACGGCCAGAAGCAAAAAAAAAAUUAGAAAUUUACCUAUAUCGACUUAAUUAAUUGGGAUAAGCUUUCAAGGAAAUAGAGCACAAAUAAACGCCAAUUCAAAUUAAAUUUAUCUUUUAAAGUUUAUGAAAUAGUCGUUGGUGACAAUAAGUCAUUAACGUAUGAAAUCGUGCGAAAUAUAUAUAGACCAUUACGAUUAUUGCAAUUAUUACACCAGAAUCAGCCAAUGCGCAUCUAUACCUUUUCACUCUGUGCAAUUAAGAGGAUCAAUGAACUUGACUCCUCCACCUCCAUUGGUCUCUUUGGAUCGGGAAAUGAAUCGAAGUCAACAAGUACAUGGGAUGCCGCGUGCGAUGUUGUGCGAGUCGAACAUACGAGAUCCUCGCAUACACCGCCCUAACCCAAGACGACCCCAGUUUGAGUACAUGUCGCCUACAGUGCACUAUUAUAACGAGAGAAAAUAUUUUAAAGCAAAUACCGAGCACCAUUCAUAUCCUUGUUGGGUUUCUCCUCUGCCUACACCGUUUCCUGUUAAUAACAGAGGAAUGGAGAUACCGCCAAAUCCUUGGUGGUAUCAGCAUAGAGGUGUAAUGCCACAUGAUCACAGAGCAAACCGACAGCAGUUUGACCCGGUGUACCCGAUACAUGGAAACUGUGGGUUCCCUGUGCCUCAACCUGGUAACCUUGCGUUUCCACCGAAACCUGGUCUCCUACCAAACCCCUGGAAACGUGGUCUCCUACCAGACCCCUGGCACCCGCGUAGUAACCCAUGUUACACGCCGCAUCCUCUUGUUACACCAAGAUAAAUGAUGUUUAAUGAGAUAUAGGCUUGUGGUGCUUUUCGGGAAUGGGAGGGGGCGGGCUGCUUUAGAAAGACAAUCAAUCAUGCACAUGGACAGAUAAGAAGUGACUCUGAUUAUCCCCGACCUUAAACAAAUUUAAUGGAAAUUUCCACGGUCCAUUUUCCUUCGCCGACAAUUCAUUUUUCUUUAAAAAAUUACAGACAAAUUUACCAAAAAACUCUGAUCCAAAAAUCGCCUAUUUUCGCUGUAAAGUCCAUCGCGCUGCAUUUUCCAAUAAAUAUGAAGCACUUAUCUUGUACCGAUAGUUAGCUUACGCAAAAGGAGGGCAGAAAGAAGAGGACGGCAAAACGUGUGUGUGUUACAAACGUGACAGGGUUAUUACUUGCGUGUUUUGUCGUGAUCUUCAUUUAUAGCCUUACUGUGUUCCGGGGCCUGUUUCUCGAAAGUCCCGGUAACUUUCGGGCCCGAAAACACACAUUCAAAUCGAACUGUAAAGAACAAGAGCGUGGGUCCUGGCUAGCGUACUACUCCAUUUCGUUUUAUUAACUGAUAGUUUUAUCUAUUAGAUACAAAGCUAUUGAAACCUCUAUCUUCCAUGUAAACAACAGCUUUACGGGCCCGUUAAUUAUCGGGACUUUCGAGAAACGUGUCCCUGGUCUUUCACCGAAUGAUCUGUUUUAGGGGAGUUGAAGUUUGGCGGAAAUUGUUUUUCAAGCAUGACAUUUUCACGCUUGGCUUGUCACACAAGGUUUGCCGUUCCCUUUGCCUUUCUAUUGCGUGACUUCAGUAUUGUUUCAUGCUGAACUGAGAAUCAAGCCUUUCAUAGAGGUCACGGAAGAGGAGAUUUAAAAAGACGAAGAGGGUAGAGAAGGAGAGAGGGGAAAAGGGGUGCCAUGGAGCUCUGAGGACGAGUUGUUUAAUUAGCUAUAACGAAAAAAUGUCCGGCCUUAGCCCUGAAAACAACGGCAUGUGUCUUUUCAGAAGCCAACGACGAUAGAGCCAGAAUUGAGGUUACUCAUUCGUGUCUCCGGACGAUGAAUGGCCUAUCCUAUCAUCGCUUUCUUAUCCUUUCGCUCGUCUUUCUCCCUAGAAAAGCCAAAUUCUCAGUUUAAUUCAUAGAAAAGAACGUUCAUGACAAAUAGGGCGGCGAAACUUCAAUGAAAAGGCGCGAAUAUCCCAACUCGUCCUCUUUGUCAAAUGUAGGCGAGCUCUCCCGGAGUUGAAUUCUUUAGAAAAACUAUCCAAGUUCAAAGAGAGAAAGGCAUAAUUCGUCAUUCUUUUCAAGUUAGAAAGUGUGCUGCGCGUGUAAAAGUUGUUGUUUUGCUAACCUAAACCUAUUGCGUUUUUGACGUUCUGGUUGCCUUCGUGUCAUGUUAAACUCCCUAAUUCUGAUAACCGAACAACUUUAUUACUACUAUACAAAAGACAGUACCUGGACGUUUUAAAGCGAAAAUAGACGAUAAUGGAAAGUAAGGUUUUGAUACUCUACCUCUAAAAUCACUUGAAAAGCCAUUUGGUUGUAACCGUGUGAAGUUUUCCGUUCUGACUGUAGGGGAAAGGAAACGAAGACGGCGGGAGAAGAGAUUGUGAUUUUAUUAAUGACAUAUUUAAUAAUUAAUUGGGUUAAUAUAUAUAAUUGCAAUGCUUAUCAUUCGCUCAUGUCGAGUAUGGUUUCAGCUAUAACCGAUUUUCGCAAACACGUUAUUUGCAUCGGAGGUUAAGAAUUUAUAUUUAUGUAAAAUAACGAGAAGAGUUUUAUAAGAGUUUGUUCCUCAGAAAUCUGUAUACUAAGCUUCGGUUGCGAAAUAAAAUG